UUCCGCCGUCCGCUGCCCAGGCCAGCGCGGGGUGUGCGUCGGCGUCGCGGCCAGCAGAGGGAUUCUGGGUAACGGCCCCGGCAGGCUGGGGCGGCUGGCUCCGCGCAGCAGGUUCCGCUCUCGCCAAGUCCGUUGGCAGUGGCGGCUCUAGGGCUGGGGGCAGCCGGACAUGGAGCAGCCGUGGCCGCCGCCGGGACCUUGGAGCCUCCCUCGGGCCGAGGGUGAGGCCGAGGAAGAGAGUGACUUGGACGUGUCCCCCAGUUCUCCCCGCUGCCCGCAGCUGCCGGGCGGCGGCGCCCAGAUGUAUAGUCAUGGAAUUGAACUGGCUUGCCAAAAGCAGAAAGAGUUUGUCAAGAGCUCUGUGGCGUGCAAAUGGAAUCUCGCAGAAGCUCAGCAGAAACUUGGUAGCCUAGCCCUGCAUAACUCGGAGUCCUUGGAUCAGGAACAUGCCAAAGCACAAACAGCGGUAUCGGAGCUGAAGCAACAUGAAGAAGAGUGGAGGCAGAAAGAAGAGGCUCUCGUACAGAGAGAGAGAAUGUGUCUGUGGAACAUGGAUGCCAUUAGCAAGGAUGUUUUUAAUAAGAGUUUUAUUAAUCAAGAUAAAAGAAAAGAAAUAGAAGAUGAAGAUAAAUCCAAAUCAUUUAUGCAGAAAUAUGAACAAAAAAUCAGACAUUUUGGUAUGUUGAGUCGAUGGGAUGAUAGUCAGAGAUUUUUGUCUGACCAUCCAUACCUUGUAUGUGAAGAAACUGCUAAAUAUCUUAUUUUAUGGUGUUUUCAUCUAGAAGCCGAACAGAAAGGGGCUCUAAUGGAACAAAUAGCACAUCAAGCUGUUGUGAUGCAGUUUAUUAUGGAAAUGGCCAAAAACUGUAAUGUGGAUCCAAGAGGGUGUUUUCGUUUAUUUUUCCAGAAAGCCAAAGCAGAGGAAGAAGGUUAUUUCGAAGCAUUCAAAAAUGAACUUGAAGCUUUCAAGUCAAGAGUCAGACUUUAUUCUCAAUCACCAAGUUUUCAACCUAUGACAGUUCAGAAUCAUGUUCCCCAUUCUGGUGUUGGAUCUAUAGGUUCGUUAGAAUCCUUAUCACAAAAUCCAGAUUAUCUUCAGUAUUCUGUCAAUACAGCUCUUUGCAGUUUAAACUCAGUGGUACAUAAAGAAGAUGAUGAAUCCAAAAUGAUGGACACUGUAUGAUUUGGUUAAGACUGCUGAGGCCAAGUGCUAUUUUGUUACAAGAAAGGAAGAACUUGGCUAUUUUCUUGACACUUUUAUGGGUGCUGCACUUUAUUUUUGUUUGGUUUUGAUGGGAGGGGAAAAAAGAGUACUGAAACGUUUUGUAAAAUUUUUUUUAUGUGCUGCUAGGUUUUUUGUUUUUUUUCUGAAGAGAGGAGAGUGAUACCAUAUGUUGUGGGACGUCAAACUGGACUUUGGGUUUUUUUGGUUUUCUUUGGCUACUAAAUUUGCCUUUAAUCUUAUUGUACUCAAUUUUGGAAUCAAAGUAGGAAAAUCUGCACAAAUGCAAUGUUUACAAGAACCGGUUGAUUCUAGGAGGCAUCUGCUACAGUCUCUUUUUAUAUGGGUAUGUACAUGUCCUACGCUACAAAAAUAAUUAAAGAUAAAAUGUACUUGUAUCCUGCUAAUUUAGCUGUCAAAUCUGGUGUUUCAUCAUAUUAAAAGCAAUAAAUCAGUA